AUGCCAGAGCAAUGGACCAAACUCCUUACAUCAUCGGCGAUCACAAAAGAGGAUUACGCAAAAAAUCCUCAAGCUGUUUUAGAUGUAUUAGAGUUUUACACUGAAAAUCAAAAACGAGAACAAGAAGCAUAUGGUCAACACGGCCUCUUAGGACCAAUUGCCGGGUUUCCAAAUGCUGAUGAUAAAUGGGCUGACCUAUUACCAAAAAAUAAUAAUAUGCCCCAAAAGAAUCAAUUAUAUCCUAGCCCUAAUGAUGGUUCUAAUGGAUAUGAUAUGUCCAAGAUAUCACCGAUAAAUAAUCCGACAACUCCUCCUAAUCGUCCUCCGAUCACACCAAGACCUCCUAAUACUUUAAGCGCAAAUAAUGCACGUACAAUUCAAAAUCAAAGUUCUAUAACACAAAUUUCUUCUAAUUACAAUCAGGUUCAACAACAAUCUGUUCCUGAAAAAUAUCAACAUCCAAAUCCUCCUAAACAGCAGCAGCAACCCCAACAACCUGUUCAAGUACCUAAACAGCCACCACCUCCUGCCAAACAACAGCAAUCAACCCCAAAGAAACCUGCCCCUGAAAAAAGAAUUAGCACAAUGACUGAAGCUCAAAUCAUGGAAAAAUUAAGAUCCGUUGUUUCUCCUGGUGAUCCUACAGCCUUGUACAGUAAAAUCAGAAAAGUUGGUCAAGGUGCUUCUGGUUCCGUAUACGUUGCCAAAUCUCUCACAUCCAACGCUAAGGUCGCCAUAAAACAAAUGGAUCUUUCACAUCAGCCACGAAAAGAACUAAUUGUUAAUGAAAUUCUUGUGAUGAAAGAAUCCCAACAUCCAAAUAUUGUCAAUUAUCUCGAUUCAUUUUUAGUAAAAAGCAAUGAACUCUGGGUUGUUAUGGAAUAUAUGGAAGGUGGUGCGUUAACCGAUGUUAUUGAUAAUAAUACCCUAGAGGAAGAUCAAAUUGCUGCCAUAUGCUUUGAGACUUGUAAAGGUCUUCAGCAUCUUCAUGGUCAAAAUAUUAUUCACCGUGAUAUUAAAAGUGAUAACGUUCUAUUGGAUGCAUUUGGCCAUGUUAAAAUAACGACAAUGGUUGGUACACCAUAUUGGAUGGCACCUGAAGUUGUAAAACAAAAAGAAUAUGGUGCCAAAGUUGAUAUUUGGUCUCUUGGUAUUAUGGCUAUCGAAAUGAUUGAGAAUGAGCCACCAUAUUUAGAUGAAGAACCACUUAAAGCGUUAUAUUUGAUUGCUACAAAUGGUACUCCCACUUUGAAAAAGCCCGAAAAAUUAUCACGUGAAUUAAAAAGUUUCCUUGCUGUCUGCCUUUGUGUAGAUGUUAAGAGUAGAGCAACCUCAUUGGAACUUUUAGAG